AUGUGCGUCCUCGGGAGCUUGCCAGGAGUCGGCAACACGAGGCUCGCCGCCCGGAUGGCCGCGCAGGACGCGACCAGCCCGCCGACCAGCGGCGCGGACCUCAUCUCCUGGCUCUUCUCCAGGCGCCGGGCGUGGCUGGAGCUGGCCGAUGGCACCACCUUCGAGGGCUUCUCCUUCGGCCACGAGGGCUCUACGGCGGGCGAGGUCGUGUUCAACACCGGCAUGGUCGGGUACCCCGAGUCGCUGACGGACCCGUCCUACGCCGGACAGAUCCUGGUGCUCACGUUCCCCCUGAUCGGGAACUACGGCGUGCCAGACGAGGACGCUCCGAUGGGUGCGCGCGCAGGUGGGUCCACGACGUCGCGGGGGCAGGAGGCCCACCCGAAGGACUGGGAGAACGGACGGCGGUCGCGCCCACUCGCGGGCGACCAGGUUCGAGCGGUGUUGGACCGCUACCAGCGGCAAUGCGGUUUUGGGCGGGACAGGCUCCACCCGAGGUUGCUGAAGCAGCUGCCCGACGGCUACAACGACAGGUUGGCAAAUAUUCUCAACAUGUGGGACCAUGAUGCGAGGCCCAUGAUUAUUUGGAGCAUGGUGACGGCGUUUUUGCCCAUACCUGGCGGCGGGCUCAGGCCGGUCCACCAACUGGCGUUCGCUAUGCGGUUGUGGAGCAGGAUCAAACAGCCGCUCGUGGGCGAAUGGGAGGCAGCGCUGAAGGGCAGGAACACUUCUGGGGCGAAGGACCUGGUGGUAUCCUGGCACAGUGCCAAGUUCAUGGCGGUUGAUGAGGUGACGGCGGGGGCCCUGAAGCUCAUCGUCGCGGAAGAGGACCCCGUGCUCGAGAGGGCCUCGGGCGCCGGGAACCCUGGCUGCGACGUCGACGACGGCGCGGGGCAGGCGAGCAGCGCGGCCAGGGCGGCCGAGGCGGCAGGGCGCGCGCAGGAUCAGCCCGAGGCGAUGGCGCCGCGGGGCUUGGGAGCCACGGGCGUCGCGGGCCGCGAGUUGCGCCCGCUCCGCGUCCAGGAUUCGUCGCGAUGGGGAGGCCAGCGCGACCCUGGAGGGUUGGCGGCGAUGGGGGCGGCCAUGGCGCGGGCGACGUGCGCGGUGGAGAUGGAGAUGUGCCGGCAGGAGGCGACGAGUCUGCUGGAGACGGAGAGUCCCCGGGCAGCGGCGGUCAGCCCAGCGGGCGCCGCGUGCCUAGCCAUGGCGAGAGCGGGCGCGGUGCCAGCCUUGGGCAAGAGGUCUGCCUGGGGAGGCACCGUGCGCUGGAUGCGCGUCGAGGAGCUGAUUGCCGAGGAGGAGUCGGAGGCCUGGGGCGCGGCGCUCGGCUCCAGGGGGGGCGUCUGCCCAAGUGCGGUGCUGCAGGCGGCGAGGGGGGCGUCGGGGCAUGGCGACGAGGCCGGCGAGAGUUUCGCGCGAGGCCGUCUCGUGGAGGCCUUGCGGGCGUGGAUGGCGCCGCGCGAGAGGCAGCGUGCAGAGGAGGUCCGCUGGGCGAGGCCGGCGGGGGGCUUUUUCCAGGGCAGGGUCUGCGUGGGCGGGUCGGCCUCGGGCCCGGCCGACGAGGUCCUCGGGGGGGCUAGCUGGAACAUCGCGCAUCUCGGCGGGGGGGGCCAGGUCCUCGGCGCGGCGCGCGGCGCGGUGCCGCUGGCGUGGGCCCCGACUCAGCUGGCCUGUGGCGGCGAUGACUGCGCGCCCCAUUUCUUGUCGGGCUGUUCGCGGGGGCCGAUGGGGAUCUCCAGCGACUGCGCGGGAUCCCUCGGGAUGGCGACGGGCGUCGGCGCAGCGCUGGCCGGAGGGGCGGCGAGGAGGCAUCUCUGGGAGAGGUGGCGGCUCGAGCUCGGCGACCACGGCGAGGUCUGGGGCAGAGGUUGA